UUAGGAGGUGGUUUCAACGAAGGAAUCAACGGAGGGGGGGCCGGGACUACGCCCCUUGGGCGCGGGGCAUCGUCGGAAGUGUUUAAUACCUUUUUUCAGGGACCGUUAGGUUUGGAGGUCGGGCUGUGGGACGGGAUUCCUCUUUUUAAGGGCACACUAAUUUCUGUUUUGCUUUCUUUCACUCUCAUGUUUGGAUUUUUUCCUCUUUCCUUUCGGGGGACACUCAAAAAUUGCGACUCUUUGUGAAAACCGUGUGUGUGUGAACUUGGAACGAAAAACCAUGAAACUAUUUUGGUGCUUGAAAUGAACUUUGAAUUCGGUGUCGAAAAUAACAAUAAACACUGGUGAUUGAAACAAAAAAUAAAAACGACGAAAUGAUACAGACGAUCCAGGAUGUCAGCGAUUGUGUGGCGCUGUAUUUGCCGCACAGUUUGUACCUCAAGCCGUCGGCCAAGUUUAAUGUGUCGGUGGCCCUGCCGAAUGCCAUCACCGGGAAGAGCAUCUCCAACUACGAGGUCAUGGAGAAGAUGCGUCAGAUGAUACUGCCGGACAAGUUUUCGGUGCUGAAGAUUCGCUCUUUGUCGCAGGUAUCCAAGAGCACCGUUGGCCAAAUCCGGUUCGAGGGCGAGCUGGAGGACCGCAGCAAGUUGCGUCAUGUGUUGGGCCGUUUGGACGGGCGUCCGAUCCGACUGGCGGGGUUUUCCGAGUCGGUGAAGCUGCGCGCGUCCGAGGCUAAGGAAGAUUUUCCGACGCGCCACGACUGGGAUUCGUUCUUCCGGGACGCGAAAAACAUGGACGAGAUGAAGGCGGGCGAGCGGCCGGACACGAUCCACUUUGCGAACCUGCCGAUCAAGUGGUUCUGUCCGCGGCACCAGGAGAACGAGGACAACGCCAAGCCGAGCGAGAGCAUCUUCAAGCGCAUCUUUGAAAAGUUUGGCGACGUGCGCUGCGUGGACAUUCCGAUCUGCGACCCGUACCGGGCCCAGAUGAAGGCGCACAUGUCCGGGAUGCAAAAGUUCAGCUUCGACCAGGAGAUGUACUUUGAGGGCUACGUCCAGUUCACCGAGUACGUGGGCUUCGUCAAGGCGAUGGACGAGUUCCGCGGAAUGAAGCUGGUGCGGAAGGAGGGCGACAAAAACCUGGCCGUGUCGAUCGCGGUCGAGUUUGACCGCACCAAGCACCUCAGCGAUUCGACCAUCAAGAAACGCAAGAUCGUUCGCGACCGGCUGAUUGCGACCGAUCGCGAAAAGGAGGAACUCGAGAAGAAACGACUCGCCGAGGAGGAAGCGAAGAAGGACCGCGAGAGAAAGCGCCAGGAAGAUCUGCGCAAGGCCGACGAGCUGAAGCGUAUGCAGCGCGAGCAACGCCGCAAGGAGAAGCACCUGCAGAAGCUGCGCCAGAAGGAAACGGACGAAAUCAGCCUGAAGAUCCUGGCGGAGGAGCGCAAGCUGAUGGAGACGCAGCGCAAGCUGGAGAGUAUACGGUUGCUGGACGCGCUGUUUGAGCGGAUCAAGUUGAAGCAAAAGCUGUUUGACGGCAAGCAGUCCAAGGUGGAACCGGCGAAGAAGUCGAACGCGUCGACCAACAAAAAGGCGGACAAACUGAAGGCCGCUCAGGAGAAGGAGAUUGAGAAGAUGCGCCAACGGGUGAAGCAGGUCAAGGAUGGCAACCUGUUGAAGAACUUCCUCGGAACGUCCGGCCAGAGUUCGGCGACGCGUUCUCGCUCGCCCAGCGUAAACACGAUCAGCUCCGACGACAGCAUCCUGAACGAUCAACCGUCGGAUGGGAAAAAGAAGAAGAAAAAGAAGAAAUCAAUGUCCGAUUUGAGCUCUUCCGAGUCGGAGGCGGACGGUAAGCAGCGAGAACAUGCUGAACACCACCAGGAAGGGGCCGGAGCGGUGGCUCCGUAUCCGUCGGUUCCACCCGUUAUGCCACCGGGAGCGUAUCCUGGGAUGUACCCGGGCUUCGACUGGGCCGCGAUGGGAUAUCCGUACGCGUACGAUCCGUUCUACGCCCAGAGAGCGAACUACUAUGCCAGCGCGAUGGCGUACCGCGGCUAUCGUGGCGCUCCUCGUGCCUCCAGAUAUCCACGUGGAGGUGGCCGAGGAAGAGGCGGAUACCGGGGCCGGUUCGACUACCGCGAUCGGGAAGACGGAGACUACGACUACCGCGAUAGAUCGUACUCGCGAUCCAGGUCCAGAUCUAGAAGCAGAAGCCGGUCCCGCCGUCGCAGGUCGCGCAGCCGCAGUCGCAGAAGCAGCUCGAGUCGUAGCCGAAGCCGAAGCCGCCGUCGAUCUCGCAGCCGCAGCCGCCGAAGCCGCUCGAGUACCCGCAGCAGACGGUCGCGCAGCCGGUCCAACUCCAAGUCGAAAAAACUCGUCCAAAUGUCCAAACCGACCGCCAAACACCUGGCUUCCACGAUGAGAGACUCACGCUCAAAGACAAAGUCGAGGUCCCGUUCCUGGUCCCGCUACCGACACCGUUCAAGGCAGCGCACCCGGUCCCAUCACCGUCACUCCCCCUCCAAGGAACCGGAAGACGAAACCGUGCCCGAAUCCUUCCGCAAGCACCGCAUCGUACUCCAAACCGACAAGCUCGUCCGCAGCGCCAAGGAAAUCGAGGAAGAAGUUCGCGAACAUCUGCGCAAACAGCAGGAGGAAGAGGACCGCAAGGCCGAGCAAGAACAAAACAAACUGGACGAACAAACUGAGGACGCAGCCGCCGCCACCUCCGAAACCAACAACCACAAACGGGCCAGAACUUCCCGCAGCAGCAGCAGCACCCGCUCAAAGUCACGAAAGCGCUCCCCUUCCAAGACCAACGCCAAGUCCCGCUCCAACACACCCCAAGCAGAAGCUCGGAAGGGCCGCGAAAGACGUGACGACGACUCGUCCGGCGAUGAGCGCCACUCCAAGCGGCGAAAUCGAAGUAACGAACCGCGGAGCAGCCGAAGACGCCACAAGUCUCACUCGGAGCGGUCGGACCGCAAGCGCAAGUCCCAAUCGGUGGAUGGCGGCGACAGUCCGAAGCAUCGCCGGUCGCCCAAGCGGCGCGAGGAGCGAGUCAGUUCCAAGUAGAGAUUGGUUUCCUUUUUUCGUUUCUCAUUAUUUUAGAACUUUAGAUAGAAGGAUGCAAAUGCAAGUGAAAUGUGUUGAAUGCUAAUAUAUGCGAUAAGGGUUGAACUGCAAACGAUUGGACCUUUUAGAGUCGCAAGCUCUGAGCUUCUACGAGAAUAAAGUAAGAUGAAUGUAACAAAA